GCUCCCCUUCAGCACAGUGAGUCAGUGCGCAUGCGUGGAACAUUCGAUCAUUGUCGGUGUAGCUAACGGCUAAGCUACGGAUCCAGCCGACAUGGAGAGGAAAGUGCUGGCACUCCAGGCGAGGAAGAAGAGGGUGAAAGCAAAGAAGACCAACAAAAAGCAGCCAGUCAAUCCCAGAACUCGACAGCAACCUCAGGCUGAAGCCUCACCCCAGGAACCUGAGGAACCUGAAGAAAUUCUUGGGUCUGAUGAUGAAGAGCAGGAGGACCCCAAUGACUACUGCAAAGGUGGCUAUCACCAUGUGAAAGUAGGAGACCUUUACAAUGGUAAAUACCAUGUAAUCCGGAAGCUCGGCUGGGGACACUUCUCCACUGUGUGGCUCGCCUGGGAUAUUCAGGUAAAGAGGUUUGUUGCAAUGAAGGUGGUGAAGAGCGCGGAGCACUACACAGAAACAGCACUGGACGAGAUCAAACUGCUUAGAUCUGUAAGAAACUCUGACACCAAUGAUCCCAACCGAGAGAUGGUAGUCCAACUUCUAGAUGACUUCAAAAUUUCUGGCGUCAAUGGAACUCAUGUCUGCAUGGUGUUUGAGGUGUUAGGGCAUCACUUAUUAAAAUGGAUAAUAAAAUCAAACUACCAAGGACUGCCCCUGCCUUGUGUGAAGAGCAUCAUACGACAGGUUCUCCAAGGCCUGGACUACCUGCACACAAAGUGUCAGAUCAUCCACACAGACAUCAAGCCGGAGAACAUCCUGAUGAGCGUAGAUGAGCCUUAUGUACGGAAGCUUGCAGCUGAAGCCACAGAGUGGCAGAAGGCUGGGGCGCCUCCACCCUCUGGUUCAGCAAUAAGCACAGCACCAGUUCCUAAACAGACAGUAAAAAUGUCCAAGAACAAGAAGAAGAAGUUAAAAAAGAAGCAGAAGCGGCAAGCGGAGCUGCUUGAGAAGUGCAUUAUGGACCUGGAGGAGAUGGAAAAGACCACAGAGAUACGAGACGAUGAUGAAGAUGAAGACGAACCACAGAUUCAAAAGGGACGAGCCUGUGCGCCCCUCAGACAGGUGUCUCUUCAGGAGAUAGGGAACGAAGGAACAGAUGUGAGCGGUGCGAUUGGAGAUCUCAUCAGGGUGGGACCAGAGGAACUGUCUGAAGUGAACUGUAAUGGCCAUGUGGAGGAGAGUCAGUGUAGGGAUGAAGACCAGCACAAUGGCAAUGCAGAGUCCACAGAGCAAUGUGCCUCUCCAGAGGACCAAUACGUGGAGUCUCCUCUCCACUCCAUGUACAAUGGUGUUGAGUCUACAGCUUUCAACGAGGUGGACACAGAGACUGAAGGAAUUGGGACUCAUAGCUGUGGAGUUACUGAGAAAUUCUUUUCUGCUGGCCUGGAGGAUGGCGAGCUGGAACAAAGCAUUUUGCAAGAUGAUGAAGAGGAUGGGUCCAACUGUCACUACAGAAACCAGGAAAAUGAGAGUAAUGGCAAACAGACAGCAGGAUCCCUGCUAGUUAACCCUCUUGAGCCACUGAAUGCAGACAAGAUCAAGGUCAAGAUUGCAGAUUUGGGAAAUGCCUGCUGGGUGCACAAGCACUUUACCGAAGACAUCCAGACACGACAGUACCGGUCUUUAGAGGUACUUAUUGGUGCAGGAUACAGCACACCAGCUGAUAUAUGGAGCACAGCCUGCAUGGCAUUUGAGCUUGCCACGGGGGACUACUUGUUUGAACCCCAUUCUGGGGAAGAUUAUUCCAGAGAUGAAGACCAUCUUGCUCUCAUGAUUGAGUUGCUCGGUAAAAUACCCCGUCACUAUGCUCUGAGUGGAAAAUACUCACAGGAAUACUUCACCAAGCGAGGUGAUUUGAAACACAUCACUAAGUUGAAGCCGUGGGGCCUGCUGGAGGUGCUGAUUGACAAGUACGAGUGGCCCCGCGAAGAAGCAGAGUGUUUCACAGACUUCCUUCUUCCCAUGCUGGAGCUUAUUCCAGAGAAGAGAGCCACAGCCACAGAGUGCUUGCGCCACCCCUGGCUCGCCCUCUAGUGGAGACCUCCAGCCAUCGAACCUCCCUUCCCUCCCACCUCCUCCAGAGACUGCAACAGAUCACUUUCCAGUUUGAGCAUAUCAGAUGAAUAUUUAUUUCUCGUUUUGUUUCGUUGUUUUGGAUUUCUUAUAUUCUUGUUUUUGAGCUAAUGCUUCUGUGUAUGUUUGCUUUGCAUUUGUUGGUUCUUCUCUUGGCGUGAUGUCAGGAAUCCAGUGGAUUUUUAUUACUUUGUGCUCAUGUUGGCUCCAACUGCUGUGCUCUGUUCACCCUCACAAGAAAAACCAGUCAUUGUACUGCUAGUGACUCAUCCUUGUUUGUUACACUCCUGCACUAAAACCUAAACAAACCAAGGAUAUGUAGCCUUUAUUGGUCAUUUUUGUCCCCUAAAAAAAAAAAAUUUUUUUUUUUCUCCCUCAUCUUUUCAUUAGUGCUGUUAAUUUUUUUUUUUUUUAAACAAAUUUUCUCAUUCUAAAUAUACAGUACAUUUUGUAUUUGUAAAGUAGGUCUUAGGAAGUUUCACACUGGGCUGACAUGUACACUGACUUUGGGUAACAUUAGCAUUUCUUCAGACAGGCUUUCUAGUUUUUUACUGAGAUAUUCACUGUUUGAUAAAGUAGGUCAUGUUUAGCUGUAACAAUUCCGUUGUCACCUGGUAUUUAGUAUGCUUGGUUAAUUAUGAUAUGGAGCUUUCAUUUUUAUGGGAGGCUGGUAUUCUCAUUCACCUAUUACAAUUCAGGUAUAUAGUAUUUUAAAGGUUUCAACGAGACAACAUGUUAAGAAGCCCAAUCUAAAGGAAAAAAGUGAAAAUAAACUGUAUAUAUCUGUACCAAAGAGUUUGCCUUUAUGUAUAUUACAGUUAUGUACAGUUUUUAACAAAUCUUAUAUCUUAGCUAAAAUUGUUUAGCUGGGUAGCUGUGUUUUAAUAAAGCGUAUGGAAGAUGUGUUUGAGCUCAGUUGUAUGUGUGGUCAACUGUUCAUAAUGUCACUGUUUUUACCAUAGAAAUGGUGAGAUCUGAUGUUAGGUAAUGGUGUCCCAAACUGAUCAUAUCAAAGUAUACCUAUGUUAUCUGUUGAGACCUAUGGGGAAAAACAAAAAUUUACAUUGGUGUCAGAUUCAAGAACAUAGACUCUGUGUGAGCUGUCGACUUACAAAGCUGUACAACACACCAUACAAUAAAACAGAUCUUCAUACAA